CGCAUCCCUUGUUUGUUAUGCGGCCGCGUCAUCGUUUUAAUCGGGACGCGGAGCUGUUUAAUCCAAUUCCGAAGACAGCUCUGGGCACUGUGGUGACGCCAGAGUUAUACUCGAUUCCGCAUGUUGAAGACUUCGCUCGUCAGUCUUAUGACUCUCCACUUGCAUCGAAUCAGGCGCUCGUGGACGCGCAGAAUGAAUCCCUGGUUAAGUCGAAUGAGACUGUGGACAAGCAGGUUGCUAUUGCGGCCACUGCACCGAAGGACACGGACCUCGACGAGCAGCAGGUGGACGCGAAAAUGCCCGAUUUCUGGUCUGCAAUGAAUAACCGCCAGUUCCAAAUCGACGCGCUACCCCUCAAGAUUAACACGAGGAUUGUUCGCGGACUGCGCGAGAUCUCGAGCUUCAUCCCUGACUUGAUCAAGGACACUGUUGCCGAUGCAGGGCGUUCGCUGAUGGUGCUGGUGUCGGAGGGCCAUCUGUCUCUGAUGUGCUCAAGGCGCAGGCAGCCAGCGAGGGGCCCGGCUGACCGCGACGGCGCGGAGGACGACGCCGAGGCCGCGUGCGCCAGGACGCCCCCGCAGCCGCGGGGGCGCCAGGCACAGGGGCUGAAGCCCGACGAGGCCGAGGUGGUGGACGCCAUACAAAGCCUGUACGGGGACCAGCUGAAGCCAUUCGGGAGAAUCCUUCGCAAGCGCAUCGCCGAGCACUUCGUCGAGAGGGAGGCCGCCAGGGCCGCGGGCGGCGCGGCCGCUGCCGGGGCCACGCCGCCCUUCCGCGGCUACGAGCAGUUGCCGGACGUGGACGUCAGGCACCUCAAGGCCGUCUGCGACGCGUGCGGGCAGGUCGACGUCGCGCCAGAAGAGGGCGGCGACUGGUCCGCGGUCCUCACGGCACGGGAGCAGUGCUUCGUCGACGUGUACAGCCCCGAGGGGGAGGAGUCGCUGCUCCCGGGCGGGAGGUACUCGUGCGCCCAGGCGCUCGCCGCUCGGGGGCUGUCCUUCCUGGCGCAGUACUCCCUCGGGCAGGUCUGCCACAUCGUACAGCUCGCCAUCUCCACGAAGAAGAUCCUGGGGUACUCGAAUGGCGCCGUGGUGCCCUACAGCCGCUCCCAGUCCAUGGUCAAGGAGCAGGCCGCCGAGGGCAACCAGCCGUGCGCAAGCUCCGGGGCAGACCCGCCCGGCGGCCAGGCCGCCCAGAGGCUGGGCCUGGCGACCUGGGACGUCGCGCGCAGCUGCCUGCGCGAGAUCCUGCAGGGCGUCGCGGAGCCUGGCGCGGGCCCAGCCUCGCUGCCCCUGUCGAACGUGAAGCGGCUCUUCCGCUCGAAGUACCAGAUCGAGCUCAGCGAGACGACGCUGGGGCACUCGAGGCUGUCGGAGCUGCUGCAGGACGAGCGUUUCGCCGACGUGUGCACGGUGGAGCUGCACGGCCACGGCUACAUGGUCGUGCAGGCCGACGCCAGCGCAGCCGCCGACCGAGAGCCCGGCGAGGCGCCCGGCGAGGCUCCAGGGCGGGAGCUCCUCGCGCAGCAGGGCGAGCCGAGCACGGGGCCGCGGCGGCUCUUCUGCCCGGACGAGCCUCUCGAUUUCGACGAGGACGCCGUGCUCCGAGGGGGAGCUGCGCUGCAGCCCGUGCACGUGCCCGCCACGCCCCUGCAGUCCCCCGGCGACCCCACGCCGUCGACGGUCAGCAGGUGGGCGCCCGUUCACGUGCCCGUCACCCCGCUGCAGUCGCCCGGCGACCCGACACCCUCCACCGCGAGCAGGUGGCGAUCCAGCGGGUACUCGCACCCCUCCUUCAGCCUCGACCACCAGGCCGCCGGCUACGCCAGCGCGGGCCUCGCUCGCGCGGCCGUGCCGCCGCCCUCUGCGGCGUACCUGCACCUGCCGGCCCCCCCGGGCGCCGGCCGACAGAGGGCCCACUCGCUGCCACGGGCCCCAGGCGCCGACGGCGCCGCCCUCGAGGCGGCGGGCCCGGAGCUCUCCGCGGAGCAGGCGCUGUCCGCCGAGGCGGGGCUGGAGCCGCGGAGCCCGAAGCCCGACGACGCGCCGAUGAAGAUCCUCAGCAGCCUGUCGCUGGACGGGGAGGCCAGCUGGGGCGAGGGCGCCGGCGCGGCUGCCCCGCCGCGGGUUCCGUUCUGCCCCAACGAGCCGCUGUCCCUGGAGGACGCGGGCGUGUUCGUGCCUGGGCUCAGCUCUCCUGGGCCCCUGGUCGCGCCGCCAGGCCUGUCGCCCGGGGAGCCAGGCAGGUCCAGGUGGCUGGCCCUCUCGCCCUCCUGGCCAGAGAAGGCGUCGAGCAGCGGCGUCGUGAAGAACACGUUCAUACACCACCCGCCGCAGCUGCCCACGCCCGCGCCCGGGGCAGCGAGGCGGGCGCGCAGCCUGCCAAAGGAGGCGGGGCUCCACCGGCCGCCCGGUUGGGAGGCCUUCGACCAGCCGCCCGCGCCCGUGGGCUCCGAGCGAUCUGGCGCGCUGGAGGGCGGCGGCGUGCUGCCCUCGCCCGGGCCGGCGCUCGUGCCGCCCAGCCCAGCGCUCACGGCCUCGCCGGGAGGCUACUGGCAGGGCCUGGGGCGGCUGCCGCGCACGCCCGUGGGCAGCCCCACGGGCCAGAGCGGCCAGCAGGUGCUCCUGCUCUCGGACCUGCUCUGAGCCGCGGCCCAGCCCGCAGGUGCGGCUGCCCUGGAGGCACAGCCCGGCGAUGGGCACAGCCUGAGAGCCGCCGGGCCCACCAA